AUGUUAACUCGCAGAAGACUUACAAGUCAUUCUUUAACUUCACAUACAGUAUCCUUCGGUGACCCUAAAGCUUUAAAUGAGAAAUUUGUACAAAAAUUUGUUGAGGAACAGCAAAAAAUACACCAAAAUGACAACAACAAUAAUAAUAUUCUGAAUCAAUAUUCACAACAGAAUUCUCCAUGUUCAAAUAUGUCUGAUAAUAUUGACAAUUCAGUGGUUUCAGUCAAACAGAAUAUUCAAGAUACUAACACUAGUCAUUCGAAGCUUCGGGAACAUACUAAAGUAUUUCAAAAAACUUCGAAACACGUGAAAAAAGGAAAAACCAAUUUACAUAAGGGUUCAAAGAAAAUAAGGUAUCGAAAUUCUUCUCUUCUUGUUAGCCCUCAAAUUAUGCAGAACUUUUCUUCUAAUAAACUUGGAACAAAUCGAAUCACGAUUCGUGAGAAGAUCAAGCCAGGAAUUUUUAACAAAGGAAAGGCUUCUGAAAAAAUUGUCGCAAGAGGAGUUCCUGAUUUGGUAUUUUCUGAAAUAGAUUUUCUGAAUUCCAUUCCUUCGAAUAAACGAAAAUACGAUAAACACGAAAAGUCCGAUUCAUUUUCUCGUCGCGUUAAUAGUAAGAUUGAAGAUCAUUUAGAUGAUCCAAAUCAGGAAACCUCUCGUGAUGAUGAUCGCGUAGAUCAAACGUCUCCUAUUGAUGAUCACUUUGAUUCAUGUAAAGAGAAUGAUUCAUCCUUAGAUCAAUUUGAUUCACUUAAGGAGAAUUUCUGUGAAUUUAUCUCUAAAUAUUGGCCACCUAAAAAAUCUGAUGAUUAUGAACUUGAGAAGAAUAUCAUCACUGAUGACAAAUAUGAUAAACUUGAUGAUCAUGAACUCUGGAAAAAUGAUGUUGAACUCGCGCAGGAUAUCAUGGCGGUAUGA